AUGAAGCGAUCCGUUGAGAACGCUGAGCAUCUCCCGCUCUGGUUCGCACUGUCACUCUUCGGGGUGGGGGCGACCCUCAAAGACACUGAGGGUCUUUUCAUCACUCUCAUGCACCCUGAGGACAUGGAGAUGAAUGGUUUCAUUGGAGGUAUGGGCGGUCUCUCGCUCGCCAAUGGCCAUCGCGGCCAUGCAGCGAGCAAUGCGAGCCUCCUAGCUCCCCGACUCUCUUUACUCCCCCAGUCUGCUUGCUCCUCGAGUCUGCAAGCUCUCCAAGCCCCUGAAGGCAACCCAGAAGUACCUGUCGCUUACCAACUCUCAUCUGGGCCUUGCGACGAGCACAAAUCAUACGCGUUCAUUCAACGAUAUGAGAGCACGCGAUCUUCAGUGGCCCCAGCAGUCAGGCAGUGA